AUGCCUCUUCGGGACAUGGUCCCCAGAACACUCGAGACUAACCUCCGAACCUUCCUCCACAUUCCUGCCGAUCUCGAGGUUACCUUUGAGCGAUACUCUGACUCUGCAGGAUCCUACGUCCUACUUGAGCCCGGAAACAUCCCUAUUUAUAAGCAGCUUUACCGCGCUGCCAAGGCCAAGUCUAAGCUCAAGAUCCGAGUCUCCAUCAAGGACCUGUCCAAGACUAUCCCCAAACCCGUCACUGUCGAAGACGAGCCCGAGGCUUUCGCAUCCCCCAUCGUCCCCAAGAUGACCGAGGAGACGCCCAAGGACACCGCUCAGGAGAGCCAAGAGGAAGAAAUCAGCGCCGUUCCUACUCCCACGGCUGAGGCUCCCGCGCCGACUCCGGUCGCGACAACCACACCGCCUGAUGCUGAUCUUCCCGCUCGCGUCAGCCCUCUUUCUCGCACCUACAACGCGACUCUCCUCAACGAUGCCGCUCGAUACAUCGGAGAGCGUCGUGACACCCGCCUGGACUUCGAGGCCCGACUUGCCAACUUUAUGGAGCGACAGCGACAGCCGAUUCGGGUCCCCCGAACUUGCGGCCACGACUUGACCAACCUGCAUGAGGCCCCUUUCACUGUCCUCCCCGCCGGCCACUCCCCCGCCAGCCACAUUCAGGCUCCCGCCAUCUGCCCUGCUACUGGCGCUACCUUUGCCGUCUGCUGCAACAGCUGCGAGCAGACCAUCCCUGAUGUUCACUACCAUUGCUCCACCUGUGACGACGGAGACUUUGACCUCUGCCAAUCCUGCAUCGACCAGGGAAUCACCUGCCACGGCAAGGACCACUGGCUGAUCAAGCGCACAACUGUCAACGGCCAGCUCGUGCAGAGCACCACCGAGACCAUCGCUCCCAAGCCGAAGCCCGAGGUCAAGGUUGAGACCACCAUUGAGACCAAGGUCGAGCCUAAGAUCGAGCCCAAGGUUGAGCCGAAGAUUGAGCCCAAGGAUGAGGUUCCCUCUAUUCACCCCAUGUUCGAGCCUCUGGCUGCUCGAUGGGCCAACCUCGGCGUCAUGCGAACUUGCAACUGCUGCGUUCGAGAAUUCCCCGAGGCGGAGUUCCUUCACUGCACCGUCUGUGAAGACUUUGACCUGUGCCAGACAUGCUUCGGAAAGGAUGCUCAUGGUCACCAUCCCAAGCACGGCUUUGUCCCUGCUGUCAAGGACACCAAGAUGCCUGACAACAUCACUAUUAGGAUGAAGCCUGGCCGCAACAACUUCCACCACGCUAUCUGUGAUGGCUGUGACAAGUACAUUUGUGGUAUCACUCACCACGGCCACCGAUUUGUGCCAAUCUAUGAGCAGCUCACUGACGUUCGGGUCCGAACACCCCCUGCCGUCCACAUUGGCAUCUGCUGUGAUGGCCCCCUCUGCUGCGAGAGCGAGGCCUACCCCAACUACAUUCGCGGUACCCGCUACAAGUGCGCUAUCUGCAGCGACUUGGAUUUCUGCGCCAACUGCGAGGCUAGUCCUAUGAACACUCACAACAAGACUCACCCCUUGAUUAAGUUCAAGACUCCUGUCCGCCACGUCAGUGUUACCACCACUGGUGAGCACCAGAACGGCCAGCAAAUGCGUGAGAUGGGUGAUCGCGUUCCCACCCCCAAGGCUCCUGAGCCUGUGCCUGCGGCCCGAAGCAACUCUAUUCCCGUCCGCACCGUUGUCGACGUGAAGCCAACUGAGCCUGCCCCUGUCGAGGUCGUUGCCAAGGCUCCCGAGCCCGUGGUCAAGGCUGAGGACGAGAAGAAGCGCGAGACUUCCAUCCCCGUCCCAGCUCCCCUGGAGGAGCUGAAGGCUGUCUUCGUCCGUGACAGCAUUCAGGACGGCACCAUCCUCCCUCCCAACCAUGUUUUCGAGCAGACCUGGACUAUGCGCAAUGAGGGCAAGGAGACCUGGCCCGCUGGCUGCAGCGUUAGGUUCGUCGGUGGUGACUACAUGGGACACGUCGACUCCAACCACCCUGCUGGUGUCUCGGAGCUACUCUCUGCCUCUGAGUCUACUGUCUGUUACCCUCCUCUCGCCCCCGGCCAGGAGUUCCCCUUCACCGUGCUGCUCCGCACUCCUGCCCGCCCUGGCAAGGUCAUCUCGUACUGGCGUCUGACCAACCCCGAUGGCGAGAGGUUCGGUCACCGUCUCUGGUGCGAUGUCAAUGUCCGCAUGGUCAAGAAGGAGGUCAAGCCUGAGCCUAAGCCCGAGCCCGUGCCCGAGCCUGAAGUCAAGGAGCCGACCCCAGUCGAGGAGCCCCAGCAGGAGGAGGAGAGCCAGGCUUCGAGCCAGAUGAUCUUCCCCAAGCUCGAGAAGGAGUCGCCCGUGGCCAGCAUGCACGAGGCUGCUGAGCCCGCUCCCGUCGUUGAGGAGCCGGAAACCAAGGAGGCUGAAAGUGCUGAGGAUGACUGGGACUAUUCCGAUGAUGGCUUCAUGACAGACGAGGAGUACGACAUUCUGGAUGCCUCAGAUGAGGAAUAUCUGGAAGAACAAAAGAAGAAGCUCGCUACCAAGUAA